UCCUCCCCGCACACCCGUCAUCUCCAGCCAAAUCGAGCUAGGGUUUGGCUCGCGCCAGCCAGCUCACCGCCCCGGCGUCUUCAGAUCCGUCGGCGGGAGGCCCCUACGACGCCGCCCCAGGCCGGCCGCCCGUUCUCCUUCACUCCUCCUGGACCGGCCGCCCCUCCUCGACUCCUUCCCGCCCGCCCCGACGUCCAUCCUCGCCCUGCAGCAGGACGCCCCCGGCCUCCGCCCGCCUGCCCGGACCUCCCUUCCCUCCACCCGGCAGCAGGACGCGCCCGACCUCCGCCCGGCCAGGAUAGCUGCCGGGCUCACGGAGAAGGGCGCCACCCCGCCAUGAUCGCCGCAUCAGCGCGGCGGGUCGCUGCCGCCGCCGCUUCCUCUUCCCAGUCCGGCCGUGUCUCCCAGCUGGCCUCGACACUGAAUCACCAGAGAUGGAUUCACGACCGUAACAAGAAGGCAAUGGAGUUGGUGGCCAAGGGUUGGAGCGCCCUACAGGAGGUCGAUCGCGUCAUCGACUUCGCCGACCGCAACGACAAGCGGCUAAUCCCACUUCUCAGGGGCGCGAAGGAGAACUUUGAGCUGGCUCUAGAGAUCGACAAUAUGAAUACUCACGCGAGAUGUUGGCUGGCCAAGAUGCAUUUCAAGUACCAUGUUCCCGGGGCGUGCAAGGCAAUUGGUGCUGCUUUGCUUGUUGAAGCUGCGAACAUGGGUGAUCCAGAGGCACAGUAUGAACUUGGAUGUCGGCUAAGAGUUGAGAAUGAUCAUGUUCAGUCUGAUCAACAGGCCUUCCAUUAUAUAGAGAAAGCUGUUGACCAGUUGCAUCCUGGUGCUUUGUAUCUUCUUGGUGCUGUAUAUAUAACUGGGGAUUGCGUCAAGAGGGACAUAGCUUCAGCUAUGUGGUGUUUCCAUAGAGCUUCAGAAAAGGGACAUGCUGGAGCUGCAAUUGCAUAUGGUUCCCUUCUUCUGAAAGGUGCUGAAGUGCCUGAAGUCAUUACCAGGUUCAACUCAGGCAAGAGUCCGUCAACUGGGAAGGUGCGAAAAAGGACAAUACAGCAGGACCCAGUAAAGCUGGCAAAGGAGCAGUUCCAGAUAGCAGCUGAGUCUGGAUCUGACCUCGGUUUACGGUGGUUGAAGAGGCUUGGAGAUUACGAAAAACAGCCCGAAGAGCUAAAGCAAAUCCAGCAAUGACCUCCAGCGAAAGAAUACCACUGCAUUCGGCAAUUAGUGGAUGUUGCAAUGCUCUUGCUGCACAUUAGUAGAGAGCUUCAUGUUUCAUCUGCCUUCAGAAUGUAGAGAUAACCUAUCUGCACAUUAAAAAUCGCUAUUUCUGUAAGCUUUUCUUGCUCCUAGGUGAUCUUUUGAAAAAUUCGUACUCCAGCUAUUCCUAGUAAACAACCCUAGUAUUUUUGACAGCAUAGUAAACAGCCCUAGUAGGCAAGGAGGCAUUACUUUUCCCUCAAUUCUUCAACCGUACUUUAAUAUCAUUUUGUUUUCAAUA